AUGAUAAUCAUUUUAAUAAAAUUUCUCUAAUAGAUAGCUAUGAAGAGGUUCAAAAGUCAUGCUUAAGCAUAAACAAACUAAUAAGGAAAUAUACAAGAAUUAAAUAAAUCACUAGAUCCUUCAAAGUAAUAACAGAAACAAUUUACAAAAUUAGAUUAUCAAUAUGAGAGAAGUACUUUAAAAAAUGCAUUUAAAUUAAACAAAUUAACAGAGAAGACAGUCUCAGCUUCCUGAAAACAAAGAACUUUAAAUUAGUAAUCUCAGUUUUCCAAAUAAAAAUAAUAAAUCUUAUUAAACUUAAAAUAGCACUAUUUUUAAUUAAAAUACAACAAGAUGAGUGUAAAGAGGAGUAAUCAAGAUAUGUAUAAAUAUGGCUAAAUCAAAAGGAUAAUCGAUUGAACAAUAGAAGAGGAGAAAUAAAAAAACUACAAAUAAAAUUGAAUAAUUUAGUAUCUUAAUUAUAAAGUCUACAAAGAAACGAAUUUCACGUAUAAAAUUAGUUAAAUUUAUAAUUUGAUGCAGUUGAACACUGGUGUCGAAUUAUUCUAAAAGAAUUUCUAAUCUGCGAUAGGAUUAACAAUAUUUAAAAAUUUCAAGGAGAAAAUUCUGUUUAAGGGAAAAAGCUUUUUCAAUAAAUUUAGUCAUCGUGA